CAAAGCACAGUGCAGUCACGUUACACAAAAUAAAUCUACUUAUGUAUCUCUAUUUAUCAGCCGUGUCACAACAAGUGUAAAGAGGAAAGGAUGCAAACCUAUUCAACUCUGUUUUGAAUAUUUAAUUUCCUAUUGCCAAUUAGCCUAACUGUUACCAUAUUAAACAGCAUCUUCUCCUGGAAUACAUGUGUUGAACAAAUGACCAUCCUGUCAGUUCACCUCUGCCCAGGAGAACAAUGAAGUCAGUCACGCUGAACAAUUGCUGACCCAUGAGUUAUGUUUCAGUGAAUGAGAUGAGCCAACAGGAUAGCUGGGUGAACAUUCACUCUUGACUGACUACAAUCCCAUAUACAAGCUAAAGUACAAGCAUGACAAAUAAAUCAAUCUAUGAUUUCUCUGCUGAGACCCUGGAUGGACAGCCGGUUCCGCUCAGUAGCUACAGGGGUAAGGUGCUUCUCAUCAUCAACGUUGCCACCUUCUGAGGGUCAACAAUAGAGGAGUACCACCGACUGAAUGCACUAAUGGAAAUGUUUGGUGACCUCAACUUCACCGUCCUGGGAUUCCCCUGCAAUCAAUUUGGUCUUCAGUCACCUGAGGUGAAUCAUGAAACCCUCAAUAUUCUUAAGUAUGUGAGACCUGGUGGGGGAUUUGUGCCAAAGUUUCCCAUUUUUAGCAAGGUUGAUGUGAAUGGAUUGAAUGAAGAUCCUCUGUUCAUCUAUCUUAAGGAAUCUUUGCCAUUUGUAAACCCUGUUAUUGGAGAUAUAAAGAAAUUCUACUGGUCCCCAAUCAAAGUCAAUGACAUUCGCUGGAAUUUUGAGAAGUUCCUUAUCAGUGCAGAUGGUGUGCCCUUUAAAAGGUACAGUUAUACACCAUAAACCUCAAGUAAGAAACCCAGUCAUCCUUAAUUUGGUCAAGCCAGUCUAACUAUUAUGGUGGCUCUAAUGUUUUCACUUUACUGCAGGUAUGAACUUCAUUGCCCCAUUGAGAAAGUGGAGAAGGACAUAGCAGAACUUCUCUGAUGGAUUUUUCUUCAAUUUGUCACCAGUGGCAGAGUGACGAUCCCUCAGUAAAUGCACUCGUGCACCUGAGCUGGAUCUGAUGGGAGGAGGAACGGCCCCAGGGCUUCCGUGCAUUCACCCUGAGGACGAGUUCCCUUCAGCCGCUGGAGGAGUUUUCAUAUCACUGUCACACUUCUCUCUAUUUUGAUUGUGUCUGCAGCUCAAGAAUAAAUAAAAAUGAACAAAGCGCUAUGAAAUAAACGUCCUACUACUUGUCAUUACUUUUGUUGUCACUCCCAGCAUCACUAUAUAAUUAAUAAGUUGUGACGUAGCAGUAUUUAAUAGCCGUUAU